AUGGUUUUCGAAUUUGAUGAUGCUCUGGAUUUAGAGAGGGUUUGGGAGUGUGAACCGUGGUCCUAUGAUAAAAGCCUGGUAGUGUUCCAACGUGCAGUGGAUGUAGAAUUUGCCCCACUUUUGGAGUAUACCACCUCUGCUUUUUGGGUGCAACUUCACAACAUCCUAGAAAAGAGUAUGACUCAGGAAAUUGGCGAGGUAGUGGGUAAUACGAUAGGUAAAAUUGUGCAAGUGGCCGAUCCUGAGGAUGAUGGCCAAGGGUGUGAGUUUUUGCAGAUCCGUGUGUCCCUUGAUAUCACUAAACCCCUUCCACGUUGCUGCAAGCUUUGGUUGGAGGGUGAGCAUAUUGGAUGGGCUCUUCUCAAGUUUGAGCCCCUUCCAAACUUUUGCUAUUGGUGUGGUCGAGUUAAUCAUAACGAAAGGGAUUGUGAUCUUUGGCUUCAAGGAAAGGGAAAAUUGAAAAAAGAGAAUCAAUAG